GGUGAACAUGCCCAAGUAACCGGACACUCCAUGCGCCCACUACAAUGUCUUAGGCAAGAUCUGGUCUGUCCACUGGAGGAUCGAAACCAUCUUCGGCCAGUAAUCCCGCCAUGGUGAGACGACGGGCUUGCGAUGGCUGCUCUCUCCGUAAAACCCGGUGCAGCGGCGGACAGCCUUGUCAACCCUGUGUCCACUCUGGAUUUGAAUGCUCCUACCUGAAACCAAUGGCAAAGCCCGGACCGAAAGGUCCACGUGCUGGGACCUACACACAGCUCAACAAGCGCCUGCAGAGCCUACGAGAGCGAGCUGGCCGUUGUGCAACCGAAACCGCAUCACCCGCCAAUGCAAGAGCAGGAUGCGCGGAAGUGACCGACUCAUCCAGGGUGGCACUAACUUGUGAUGUGGCCGGUACCGAACAGAUGCCGCUACUGACUGAUGGAUGGCCAUCGCACCUGUCCCUGGCAGAUGUCGUAGCUCACUUGCAAACUUACGAGCAGAGGAUGUAUCCCGUCUGGCCGGUGGUGGACACUACUCGCCUUCGCAACUCCCUCAUCCUGAACGUGAAUAAUUUUGAACUACGCGCCUUAGCCUUUGCGGUAUGCGCCGCGACUUGCGCGCAGUUGCAGUGUCACUCGGACAACCAUGCGACGCAAGGAAGUGCGGAGGCAAAGUGCGCUAUGGCGGAUGACUUUGCGAAAGAAUCAGAUCAUUGCCGCACGAUGUAUGAUUACCGGGAAAGUGGGACUUUUGAGGCAGUACUCGUGCCGCUGUUCCUUCACUUUUACUACGGUGCGAAGAAAAAGAUACCGACCGCUUCGCUCUUGCUCCGAGAGUCGGUGACAUCGUGUCAGCUUCAGGGGUUGGAUAAAGAAGAGACCUAUCAAGAUGUAGCCCCGGAAGAUGAGCGGUAUAGGCGAAGGGCGUUCUGGCUCCUCUAUGUGACCGAACGGGGUCACGCCAUACAGCAUGGAAUUAAUACCUGUCUACAAGACUCCAUACGGCCGCCAACGCGCGAUGGUUCGGACGAACUCCACCUUGUCGAAGCCUUUGACCGUCUGGUGGGUCUCUUUAUUGCCGUGGAAGGCGUCCUUCUCGAUCGCGGUAGCUCCAGGGCCAUCGUGUGUAGUAAGGAGACGCUGUGUCGGCUACAAAGCCAACUCCGGCAGCACCUCCAGUGGCCUACGGCAUACCAUGCAUUACAGAGAACGGAUAUUGCUAUUACCCAACAGUGGCUCCGCGUCCUACUGUGGCAGCUGUCUUUAAAGAAUAUUUUCCUCUCGAGCGCUGCGGCUGAUGACAGUAUGAGAUUGACCUACCCGGUGCAUGUGGCCAGAGACGCGAUCGUGCUCAUCUCCAACGUGCCCCAGGAGACUUUUAUAGCACAUGGUCCCGGGAUGGCCAUCAAACUCUUCGAGAUCACAAGUACCCUCCUGGAUGUGAUUCACUGUGUUCCCUCCCUCUUGCACCAUAAUUCAGUGGGAACGCACGAUAUUCUCCACCAUUUAUGUUAUUUACUGUCCUCGCUGAGCCACAGACCAUAUGGCCUCGAGGUACUGCAGAGAAAAUUGCAUGAAUUAGGCAUUCCAUAUCGCCGUAUUCGUGCGCUGUCUCCGGCGGACCGUGGGGGUUCCCCCGUCAUCGAACCACUUGAUGAAGAAAGAUUAGAUGCAUAGUGAACUGUGGCCGGCCGAAGUUCUUCGUGGUCACGUU